AUGACUCGCUUUUUUGGUCUUCGAGGCAACAGCCUCAAUAUAGCAGCCAUUCUGGGUGUCCUCAUGCCUGGUAUCCUCACAACCGGCUACAACGCAUCAUCACUGGGAGGUGUGUUGGACCUCAAAAACUUUGAAGAGCAAUUCCCCGAAAUCGACCUCGAUACCUCCGCCAAUAGGUCAUAUGCGUCCACUAUUCAAGGCAUUGUUGUGGCAGCAUAUCCAAUUGGUGUGUUCUUUGGGACACUCUCUUGCAUCUGGCUAGGCGACAGAUUUGGUCGCCGACGUACUAUCAUGGCGGGAUCGGUUAUCCAAGCCAUAGGUUCUGUGUUGAUGGCAAGCGCAUGCUUCCUCAGCAUGUUGAUCGCCUCUCGGAUAGUUCUGGGCUUUGGCACUGGCGUGCUUCUAGCCACCAUUCCCCUUUGGCAGUCUGAGAUUUCGCCCGCUAACAAGCGUGGAGCCCAUGUUGGCAUGAAGGGAAUCUUCAGCGGCCUCGGCUGUGCGCUAUCGCUUUUCCUCGACUAUGGAAUGUCCUUCACGCGAGGCAGUGUUUCCUGGAGAUUUCCAUUUGCCUUUGUUGUGCUACUCUCCCUCGCUGUUCUGGUGUUCAUAAUCUUCCUACCGGAAUCUCCCCGCUGGCUGAUCAGACAAGGGCGGAUUGCCGAGGCUAGCGAAGUUCUAGCUGCUCUUGAGGACACCUCUGUCGACGAUGAGUCCGUCCAGUCGCAAGUCAGAGACGUUCAAACGUCAUUGGAUCUGGCUGGAAAAAAGUCUCUCGGGCAAAUUUUCCACAUGGGUCCUCAGAAGACCUUUCACCGAGCCAUGCUAGCUGUUGCAGCUAUGCUAUUUUUACAGCUCACUGGAUCCACAGUCAUCACCUUCUACACAACCGCGAUCUUUGAGAAGAACCUUCAUCUCGGGAACUCAACCUCUACAGUCCUCGCAGCCGUCUACCAACUGGUCGGUCCUAUUGGUGGUGUCUUCUGCGUUCUCAAAAUAGAAGGCCUCGGCAGGCGAGUAUUGCUUCUAGGCAGUGCGAUUGGCAACGCAGUCUGCCUCGCAUUAGUUGCUGCGCUGGGAACUCAAUCGGACAACCCAAUGGCCAUGCGUGGUGCUGUGUUUUUCAUCUUCUUGUUCCACUUUAGCUAUAUCAUCGGCUUUGGUGCGAUCCCAUACCUCUACGCUACGGAGAUUUCGCCCCUGCACCUACGAACGACUAUCAACAGCUUCAGCAUCAGCAGUUCCUGGGCUGUCAGCAUCUUGGUCACAACAGUCACUCCCAUCGCAUUCAACGCUAUGGGACAGACAUACUUCGUGAUAUUUGCAGGCUGCAACGCUGCAAUGGUGCCUCUCAUUUACUACUUGCUUCCCGAGACCUCUGGUCGGAGUCUCGAAGAAAUGGACAAAAUAUUUGCUCUUUCUGGAGGAGUUCUUGAUGUGGUCAAAGUUGCACGGCUUCUUCCUCAUGGAAAGCCUUUGGAUAUUUCAUCCGAGAAGGAUGGUGGCCUAAAUUUCAAGCGCCCCGAACUUGAACUUCGUGAGGUUCAUUCCCCAUGA